AUGGCAGGCCUUGCAACCAUGGUGGCCAGCCUCCUGCUGCUGGCCCUGUGUGCCCACCGCAUUGCCCCUGCAGGCUCUGUGACCAUCCCCUCUUCCUGCUGUAUGUCCUUCAUUUCCAAGAAAGUUCCAGAGAGCCGAGUGGUUAGCUACCAGCUGUCCAGUGGGAGCCUCUGCCCCAAGGCAGGAGUGAUCUUCACCACCCGGAAGGGCCAGAAGUUCUGUGGCGACCCUGAGCAGCGCUGGGUCCAGACGUACAUGAAGAACCUGGACGCCAAGCGGAAGAAGGCGGCCACGGGGCUCAGGGCGAUGGGUGUCAAAGCCCUCCUGCAGAGGUCCCCUGCCAGUAGCACUGCCAUCUAA